AUGUCUUCACACAUUGCACUUCCAGGCGCGCUGCGGCUACGAUAUAGAUUUCGCUUUAAUGGCUCAAAAUCGGCAUGGACUAGGAGAUUGUGUCUGCCGCUCUUCAUCCUUCUAUCCAUCGCUUUAACUUUAUAUUACCUAUCAAUCUCGGCUGGACGUCGGCAAUUUGUCAUAAUUCUGCCUGUCGACGACUCUAGCCACGACCUCUGUAAGGUCAUUAGUAGCAUCAUCGCCCUAGGGUAUCCUGCGCCCGUAAUUACUAACUGGAAGAGAGACUUCCAUACCGACGCCGAGGGGAUUGGUCCGUCGCAACUAGGCAAGAUUACGGGAACACUAAGCUAUCUGGAAUGGGCAGCAGGUCAGGAUGUACCCGAUGAGGACAGGCUAGGCGACGAUGAUCUCGUCCUUAUGUUAGAUGCCCACGAUAUCUGGAUGCAGUUACCCCCGGCCGUUCUCCUCCACCGGUACUUUAGCAGCAAUCAACGAGCUAACAGACGGCUCGCCGAUGAGCAUGAAUUCGACAAGAACCUGAUGGAACAGACCAUUGUUAUCUCAGCUCAGAAAGGCUGCGUUGCCCCACGCGAUAGAAUCUCCAACCUCUACUGCCAUGACGUGCCGGAGAGCACCCUCCCACCCGACGUCUUUGGCUUCUUUACCGACUAUAAGAUCGGGAGGUGGAAGUGGAAGUUUACGCGGCCCAAAUUUGUUAAUAGUGGCAGCUUCAUGGGGCCCGCGGGCGAUAUGCGGCGAUUCUUUCAGCGUGUUAAGGACAAGAUGGACCAGGACCUGCUUGAGAUUUCGUCGAGCGAGGACCUCGCUGGAGACCAGGGCAUAUUUGCCGAGGUGUUUGGCGAGCAGGAGCUAUGGCGUCGACACGCCAAUGCCGACGAUAACGAGGUCAUGUGGUCACGGAACAGGUUUGAAUACCAUCUGGGCCUCGACUAUACGCAAGAGCUCUUUUACCCGACCUGUUACUCGGAGAACGAUGGCUACUUUGUCCCUGUUAAUGACCCCAGCGCCAUGGAGAAGGAAUCAAGCCGCGCGGGCGUCUCGCCACCCCGCAUAAGGGGCGUCCCCGCAGAUAUCUACGAGGCUGAUAACCCGCUCGCCAAGCUGGCCUAUGCUCCGGACAAGGACCUCACCUGGGGCGAGGUACCGCUGUACGUUGAUUUCUGGACAACAGCGAUCCCCGUAGCGAUACACCACAACGCCUGGAGAAAUGGCCUUAAAAGCCGCCGGAUAACGUGGUGGAACAAGAUGUGGUUCUUCCCAUACCUGCGAGAUCUGCUGGAGGAGCAGAUGCGGGCCGACUGGAGAGCAAGGCUGCUGGCAACGCUCGAUGCCAAGAACGGCAGCCUUGAGGUCCGCCCGUACCACGGCAACGAUGAGUCCAAGGCUGCCCUGCUAUUCGGAAAGAGCAAGGAGUCUAAGAGCUGGGAGCUGCGGCCGACGGACUGGAACACGGUCUGCAGGAACAGCAAUACGACGGCCGAGGCUAAGGCUCACUGGUACGACGAGGUUUUCCGGGAUGGCAAGGGCUCAUUAUAGUGGCAUAUGCAAUUUAUUGGAAGUUAAUUCAUAGCGUCGCGUUAUACAUGGGUUCAUGACAAGAUUAGACAGAAUGAUGAUCCUGAAAGAAUAGUUUCAAGAUUUGCAUGUGACGGAUGAGUUAAACAACGGCCAAAAGCUAUAAAUAGUUAGCCACGAAAAUCUGGAAUAGUCACAAAAAGCUGGAACAUCGGCGAAGCCCGAUUUUCGCUGAGGUUUACCUCCCUCUUUAUAUUCUUGGUUUCUAUUGCAGUCUGAGGUGGAAAGUGGUAAGGACUCGGGGUUGAUG